AUGCAACCUACUGAAGCUACUACAUCUACUUCUCCAGAGUUAUCGGCCGAUGCCGACAAUUCAACAGCCGUAACAAAAAGACGGCCCAUUCCUCGAAAAGGCCACACCAAAUCUCGAGCAGGCUGCUCUAGUUGCAAAAGGAGAAGAGUUAAAUGUGACCUGGCCGCCCCAGAGUGCGGUGCUUGUUAUCGACUGGGCCUGGAGUGCCAGUACCCGAACAAGCCUGGACGUCAAAUCUCGACGACUACCGUAUCAAAGCCAUUACGAACUGACCCAGUCAUGUUCAAUGCAAACGACCUCAACUUCUUUCGACAUUUUCUUUUCGAAGCAUAUCCUUCUCUUCCUAUAGAUGGCUUCACUGUAUGGCAGCAGGCCUCACAGCUUUCGCAUCAGUACGAUUUCUUGUUGCACUCAAUGAUAGGGCUUGGUGCAUCUCAUCUAGGACUAUUAACGCCUUCUGGAUAUGAGAAAGCCGCCUUGAAACAUCGGGUCAUUGCCAUCAGCGCACUGAACAAGCACCUCGCAAAGACAAGUUUCAACCAACAAGAUAUUGAAGCAGCGUUUGGCGCAAUGCUCAAUUUGACAUUUCAGUCCGCGUACAUGGCCGAUGGACUUGUUGACUUUCUUACAAUGGUUCGGGGCUGUUGGCUUGUUGGCACGCAACCGUCUGUUAACUUGGAUCACACCAUAUUCAAAACCUUUGGCAGAGUGAGUUAUUUAGACAAGAUAAAAGCUAUUGUUCACGAAUGCGACCAAACAAAUCACUAUCUAGACAAAGUCAUCGCCGAAGGGUUCUGUCAAAGUGUUCAGAAACUGGGACCUCUAUCAAGUAGCGUUGCCGAGUUACAAUAUCUGGCACACAUGGAGAAGAUCGCAACUCUUGCGUCUACAAAUCCUGCUGAGAGCUACCGUGAGCUUGCUUUUCUCUACGACGGGCUGGGUCAUCUCAACAGCAACGAUUUCGCUUCAUUCAUCGAUACCGAAAACUAUUCUUCCCAGCUUGUCAUCAUGCACAUGCUUGUUCUGGAGUUUGUCAUGAGUCGUAAAGCAGUUGAAGGCGACAAGCGGUCCUCAACAGGUCAGAAGGGCUGUUGCUGUAGAAAAGCCACGUCCAAACUUUGGGUGCUAAAAAUUCUCAACAAUCUCCCCUUGCAGUAUUACAAGUACGGCGAGUGGCCUCUGAGAUUCAUCAACAGUUUGGACUACUCGUUUGAUGACGAGGACCAGGUUUGGAAGCCAUUCUUGCUAAGUAACGGUACAGCAAUCAUGCAAGAGGGAGAUGCGUUGUCUUUGGUUAUGCCGUAA